AUGGGCGCGCAAUGCAGGGCAUGCCUUAACUCCUCCUUUCUAUCUCCCCCCCUUCCCCCUUCCCUUCCCCCCUCCCACACCCAUCCGACUCAAACACCAUCUUCCCGGGUGACAAGGCGAGCAGGCAGGCCGUUCACCCCAGUGGUGGCAGGGUGUGUGGCGUGCAGUGCAGCAUCAUGGGGCUCAUGGGGCUCAUGGGGCUCACUACCGUGUAGCAGCACAGCACCUCACCUCACACCCUGUCUCACUCCUCCCAUCCCCAUCCACCACCCUACAGUCGCAGGGCGUGCAGCCAGAUGCAGCGUCGUUCAACUCGGUGGUGGCGGGCUAUGUGGCGUGCAGCAUGAUUGGACAGCGCACGGCGUGCAGCCAGACGCAGCGUCGUUCAACUCGGUGGUGGCGGGGUACGUGGCGUGCGGCAUGAUGGGGGAGGCACAGGCGCUCGUGCAGACCAUGUGGCACCUGGGGGAGGCGCAGGGGGAGGGGCGGGGGGAGGGGGGCAAAGAAGGGGAAGUGGAAGGGGAAGGGGAGGAGAAGGGAGUGGUGCAGGGAGAGGAGGGUGGGAAGCAUCGGGUGGGGGUGGGGCCCAACGUGCGCAUGCUCUCCAUCCUCAUCAAGGGGCUCGUCGCCUCUGGAGACCUCGCUGCAGCCUUUGAGUGGUUUGAGCGCAUGAAGCAGCGGGCGGACACGGCGCCCAACCACAUCACGUACGCCACACUCAUGCACGCCCUCGUCUCCUCGCCGCCCCACCUCAUCCCUGCACCCAUCCUCGCCCGCGCUGCCGCUGCCUCUGCUGCCUCUACUGCCGCCACCCCUGCCACUGGAACCACUGCAGUUAGCUCUGCAACGCAGCAAGCUGCUCUAACAGCCAGCAGCAGCACGCCCCCAGCACUGCCUCCCCUUGCACCCGCCACUUCACCCGCUGCGGCAGCCGCGGUGGAUUCGCGGGGAGCAGAAUCAUCUCUGCGGAGGCCAAGCAUUUUGAAGACUGCACGGCCCAGUGCGGACAGUAGUGGUGGUCGUAACGCCGCUGAGAGUCUUAACUCUGCCGAGGGUGAGGCAGGUGCACGCAGGGGGGAGGCGCUAGAGCAGCAGGGGCUGGGGAAUGGCCGUGCGGGCGUGCUGGAUGCUAGCCGCAGCAGGAGUGAGUCUGACCGCCCAGGGGGAAUUGUUGAGAGGCCGAACGGCUACAGCAGCAGCAUCACUAGCAGCGGCGGCGGCAGGGACAACAUGCUGGCCCGGACAGGCUUCAGCAAUCUGGCGAUGAGGGAAAUCAGCGAGGACCUAGCAGGUGCAGGCACCCUGGAUGAGCUUGCGGUGGUGGCAGCGCGGCAGCUGCUGCAAGAGAUGCGCGCGCGGGGCGUGGCGGGCAACACAGCCGUGCUGAACGUGCUGGUUAAAGCCCACUGCGACCGCGGGCAGAUGGGCGAGGUGGAGGCGCUGCUGAGGGAGAUGGGGUGUGGUGCGGGUGCUGGGAAGCAACGGCGGGUGCAAGGCACUGGGGAGGCUGCUGGAGGCUCUCAGGGUGCUUCUGAUGGGCCUCAAAGGCCACCCGCUGCUCGCGAGGCUGCUACUGAUGGUGCUUCUGAGGCUGAGAUUCCGCAAGGAGCGGCUGUGUGGGGCGUGCGGCCGAAUGCUGCAACGUUUGCGACCAUCAUUGCAGCGUGUGGCAGGGCGGGCACGUGGAAGGGAGGUCAGGGGAGGUGGAGUGCUAAGGGUGGUGCUGUCCGUGGCGCUGCUGCUGCUGCUGCUGCCGGGGCUGAUGCCCCUGAUGCCGACCCUGCCCGCGCCCUCUCCGUGUUUGAAGACAUGCUUGUGGAGGCUGGAAGUGGUGGAGUGCGGUUGGGAGGGAGAGAGAGCGGUGGUGGGAGUCGGGGAGGGAGAGGCGGCUCGGUGGUGAGCGGUGGAGAGGAGUUGCGGGUGGAUGCGGCGGCGUGGGGUGCGGUGAUUGACUCACAGGCGAGGGCAGGGCUGGUGGACCAGGCGUGGAGCCUGUACCAGCGAGCCAAGGCAGCCUCGAUUGCCCCUACCCCAGCCACAUACGGCAGUCUGGUGCGAGCACUGGCAGCAGCAGAGAGGGCCGGGGAGGCGCUGGUGCUGUGGCGCGACUUGAAGGAGCGUCUGGUGGGGGCGGAGGGUAGUGAUGGGGAGGAAGGGUUGGGGGGAAUUGCGGGCGGGGAAGAAAGGUGGGAACUGAUGGGAGAGGCGAGGGAGGGGCGGUGGGAGGAGCGAGGUGAGGCGGGAGGGAGCGGGAGUGAGGGAGGGAGUGAGGAGGAGGGAGGGACGGAGGAGAGUGAGGGUGAGGAGGGGGGAGUGGUGGAGGUGGUAGGGGUACGCGGGGAGAGGGAGUGGGUGAGGAACAGGUGGGAGCAGAGAAGGGAGGGAGAGGGAGCGAGAGGGAGAGGGGUGGGUGUGGCAGAAGAAAGAGUGACGUGGAGGGCAGGAGUGGCAGGAGGAGAGGCGAAGGGGGCAGCAGGGGUGUGUGUGGACGAGGCAGUGAUGGAUGGGCUCAUGCUCAUCUUCAUGCAGGCUGGAUACUUCCAGCGCGCACUGGAAGUCGUGGGGGCGAUGGAGAGGGCAGGGCUGGCGCCGGACAGGCUCAAGUACAAGCGCAUGCUCAUCACCUCCCUCUCCUCGCGCCGCCACCGCGCCCUCUCCUCCCUCUCCACCACCACCGCUGUUCCUGAUGACUUCCCGGGGUCCCGGGGCUUUGAGGCGCUCAAGUUCUGGCUGGGGCUGCCAAACCGCCUCCUUGCUCUCAAAGCGCUCUCGCUUCUGAAGGCGGAUGCAAGCAAACACAUUCUUCUGGCUGGUGAUAAUUUGGGCGGCGGCAAUGGAGAUUUCGGCAGUGGCGGAGAUUUGGGCGGCGGCAGCGGCGGAGAUUUGGGCGGCGGCAGUGGCGGAGAUUUGGGCGGCGGCAGCGGCGGAGAUUUGGGCGGCGGCAGCGGCGGAGAUUUGGGCGGCGGCAGCGGCGGAGAUUUGGGCGGCGGCAGCGGCGGAGAUUUGGGCGGCGGCAGCGGCGGAGAUUUGGGCGGCGGCAGCGGAGGAGAUUUGGGCGGCGGAAGCGGAGGAGAUUUGGGCGGCGGAAGCGGCGGAGAUCUGGGCGGAGGCAGCGGCGGAGACCUGGGCGGCGGCAGUGGCGGAGAUCUGGGCGGCGGACCUGGCGGACAGCAGGGCGGAUCCGGCGGACAGCAGGGCGGACCCGGAGGACAGCAGGGCGGACCCGGAGGACAGCAGGGCGGACCCGGCGGACAGCAGGGCGGACCCGGCGGACAGCAGGGCGGACCCGGCGGACAGCAGGGCGGACCCGGCGGACAGCAGGGCGGACCCGGCGGACAGCAGGGCGGACCCGGCGGACAGCAGGGCGGACCCGGCGGACAGCAGGGCGGACCCGGCGGACAGCAGGGCGGACCCGGCGGACAGCAGGGCGGACCCGGCGGACAGCAGGGCGGACCCGGCGGACAGCAGGGCGGACCCGGCGGACAGCAGGGCGGACCCGGCGGACAGCAGGGCGGACCCGGCGGACAGCAGGGCGGACCCGGCGGACAGCAGGGCGGACCCGGCGGACAGCAGGGCGGACCCGACGGACAGCAGGGCGGACCCGGCGGACAGCAGGGCGGACCUGGCGGACAGCAAGGCGGACCUGGCGGACAGCAGGGCGGACCUGGCGGACAGCAGGGCGGACAGCAGGGCGGCCAGCAGGGGGGACAGCAGGGCGGACCCGGCGGACAGCAGGGCGGACCCGGCGGACAGCAGGGCGGACCCGGCGGACAGCAGGGCGGACCCGGCGGACAGCAGGGCGGAACCAGCGGACAGCAGGGCGGACCUGGCGGACAGCAGGGCGGACCUGGCGGACAGCAGGGCGGACAGCAGGGCGGCCAGCAGGGGGUACAGCAGGGCGGACCCGGCGGACAGCAGGGCGGACCUGGCGGACAGCAGGGCGGACCUGGCGGACAGCAGGGCGGACAGCAGGGCGGACCCGGGGGGGAGCAGGGCGGACAGCAGGGCGGCCAGCAGGGGGGACAGCAAGGCGGACCCAGCGGACAGCAGGGCGGACCUGGCGGACAGCAGGGCGGACCUGGCGGACAGCAGGGCGGACAGCAGGGCGGACCCGGGGGGGAGCAGGGUGGACAGCAGGGCGGCCAGCAGGGGGGACAGCAGGGCGGACCUGGCGGACAGCAGCGCGGACAGCAAGGCGGACAGCAGGGCGGACCCGGCGGACAGCAGGGCGGGCAGCAGGGCGGGCAGCAGGGCGGACAGCAGGGCGGACCUGGCGGACAGCAGGGCGGACCUGGCGGACAGCAGGGCGGACCUGGCGGACAGCAGGGCGGACCCGGCGGGGAGCAGGGUGGACAGCAGGGGGGACAGCAGGGGGGACAGCAGGGCGGACAGCAGGGCGGACAGCAGGGCGGACCUGGCGGACAGCAGCGCGGACAGCAGGGCGGACCGGGGGGGGAGCAGGGUGGACAGCAGGGCGGCCAGCAGGGGGGACAGCAGGGCGGACCUGGCGGACAGCAGGGCGGACCUGGCGGACAGCAGCGCGGACAGCAAGGCGGACAGCAGGGCGGACCCGGCGGACAGCAGGGCGGGCAGCAGGGCGGGCAGCAGGGCGGACAGCAGGGCGGACCUGGCGGACAGCAGGGCGGACCUGGCGGACAGCAGAGCGGACCUGGCGGACAGCAGGGCGGACCCGGCGGGGAGCAGGGUGGACAGCAGGGGGGACAGCAGGGGGGACAGCAGGGCGGACAGCAGGGCGGACAGCAGGGCGGACAGCAGGGCGGACAGCAGGGCGGACAGCAGGGCGGACAGCAGGGCGGACAGCAGGGCGGACAGCAGGGCGGACAGCAGGGCGGACAGCAGGGCGGACAGCAGGGCGGACAGCAGGGCGGACAGCAGGGCGGACAGCAGGGCGGACAGCAGAGCGGACAGCAGAGCGGACAGCAGGGCGGCCAGCAGGGCGGACAGGGCGGACAGCAAGGGGGAGCUGUCGGGGAUCAAGGGGGUUCUGUCGGUUCCAACUUCGCUACUACUCAGAGUGUGAAGGGUGCGAAGGGGGGGAAGGGAGGAAAGGGAGGAAAGGGCGUCAAGGGUGGAAAAGGGGGAAAAGGUGGCAAGGGAGGAAAGAAGUGA